AUGACGGGUCCAUUUCAUACAUAUGGGCCAACCUGUCUGUUGGUAGAUGAAGAACCAGAGCUAUCAAGCCUGUUCGGACUCUCCACGCCUCCAGAAGUUCGCUCUCACUACUUCUACGUUUCAUCCCUUCCAAUCGACGAUCCGUUGGCACCGCUCCCGCCGCCAGCAAGCGGUCAAGCAUCAGAAGAUGAAAGGAUUCCUCCAAAACCAUUCUCGGCCAGAGAUAACUUGGCCCUAGAGAAAUCCUGGAGGGAGCUGGGGAAAGCUCGAGAGACCCAGCAGGUUGGCAAGACUGGGCCUGCGCCAGAAACGCCGACCACACGAUCUGGAAUCGCUGUCCCUGGCCAAGGAUCGGCCUCGGAUGUUAAAAGACGUCGGAAAGCAGCAUCUAAAGGAGAUGCAAGCUUAUCGAGCACUGCGACUACUCCUAUUGAGCAACCUUCGCUCCCAGAUGAGCUAACUUCCCGGGGUGUCAAAGAACAUUUCGGCCGCCCUGCUACCAGCUCCGGUGCUCGACCCGAGAACUACGCAGAACGGCGCUUGAUGGUUUCAUCUGCGGAGGACAACGUGAAGGAUGUAAGCCCUAGUAGGAGUGCUGGCGGUGUCUUCCGGAAGAGAGACAGAUCAACUUCGUUGAACGAAUCACUCUCGACAAAACGAAGGAGCAGCUCGCCAGUCGAUCAUGACAUGGAGGAUGCUCAUGAUGAGGCGACGAGCUUACGCGCAAACCGAUCUCGAGAUGCAAGCAUCAGUGGAUCACCAUUCAUCAGAGCCCCGAUUUCCCAAUCACAUAGUCCGUUCGGCCGCUCGGUCGAAUCCUUACCACCCAGGGAUGGGUAUCAGGAAGCUCACACUGAGUUACGGGCUCCUGCCACUCCUCGCUCUGUGCCAAAGCCAUCAGGUCUGCGAACUACUGUGAGCUUAGAAGAACUGGCGCAGGACCCCUCACGUGAGGAGGAGACCCAGGAGGACUCGCAGAUCAAGAUUGCAGUUGGUGCAUCUCGCCUCCAUUUGGUCGAGCUGCCAAACUUGAAGAUGAAACCCAUCUACUGGAGCCCGCUUCAUGACGUUUCAAAUGUUGUUCGUGCCACGUGGUUCUACAAAAACACCAUGAUGCCGGUGGAGACGGAUCUCGCGAACAAGCUAGAGGAGGGGUACGUCUAUUUGAGACCGUGGACGCAGACAUGGCAAGAUGAAUUGAACAGUUGCGUUGAGAAUGGUGCAGAUGCGGAGUUGAAGAUUGUCCACGAACUCUGGCCCAAAGGGGAGCCGAUGUCUACCAGCCGACCCGGUACUGCCCAGGAGCAACCGAGCAAUGAGCCCGCUCCAGAUGAGGGCUCUGGGGCCUUCAAAUUUGACCCUAAUCAAGCUGCUGGUGGAACUGCUAACCGCGCUGAGGUAGUCAAACCUUAUGUCACUUCAAGCGCUAUCUACGUGGAUGCUCGGGAUGCCCAGAUCCUCAGGCCUAGCCUACUGCCGUCAGUCGCACGGGGUAGGCGACCGUUGAGUGCUAUUCGCAAGGGGCGACAGAUCGGUAUUCCCGUCGUUCGUGGAUUCAGUCGCAAGCGGUGGGAUCAACUCCAUCCGUCAAAGCCCAAUCCCGUCGAUGUUCGCCAGUAUAUCCGGAGAAGUCAAGACCAAAAUGCAGCUCCGGCGCCUGGCGAGUCAAUCUGCUACGCAUGCAAGAUGGAAGAGAUGCGUCCGAGCCCAUCAGACUUGGUAUUUGUCAUUCAUGGCAUCGGCCAAAAGCUCUCUGAGAGAAUGGAGAGCUUCCAUUUUACGCACGCGAUUAAUGCCUUCCGCCGUCAGGUGAACAUGGAACUGAACAAUGAGCCCGUGUGGCCGCAUGUGCGAAAGGACCAUGGUGGUAUUAUGGUUUUGCCUGUCAACUGGAGGACUACUUUGUCUUUAGAAGAUCCAGCUUUCGAUAACCCUGGCACAGAAGACCCAGCCCCCAACAACUACUCCCUUUCCGAUAUCACGCCUGAGACCCUUCCUGCGGUCCGAUCCCUGAUCAGUGAUGUCAUGCUCGAUAUUCCAUAUUACCUCUCCCAUCAUAAGCCAAAGAUGAUCAGGGCUGUUGCGAAAGAAGCCAACCGAAUUUACCGCCUGUGGUGUGAGAACAACCCAGGGUUUCAGGAAAAUGGCCGUGUACAUCUCAUCGCCCACUCUUUGGGUAGUGUCAUGGCUCUCGAUAUCCUGAGUCACCAGCCGACGAAUACCCCUCGUUUUGAUUUUCCCAAUACUCCUCUGCACAGCGACAUCUUUGAAUUUGAUACCAGGAACCUGUUCUUCUGCGGUAGUCCUGUUGGGUUCUUUUUGCUUCUUAAUAAAGCCAGCCUUCUUCCCCGCAAGGGUAGAGACAAACCAGGUAGCGAAGGUGAAGAUAGAUUGCGCGGUGUUGCUGGAGAGGCUGGUAAGUAUGGCUGCCUCGCCGUGGACAACCUGUACAACAUCAUGCAUACAACAGACCCAAUUGCAUACCGUGUGAAUGCCGCAGUAGAUAGCGACCUCGCCAACUCGCUCAAAACUGCUUCCAUUCCCAGCUCCACCUCUUCCUUCAUCCAGUCCUUCGGCAGUGUCUUCCGAUGGAGCUCAGCGUCUGCCUUUAUCCCAACAACCACGCCGACACGCCCAGCAGCAGUAGCAAAACUCCCAUCUACCGUUGAAAUGGAGACGCAUGACUUUACCCGCGAGGAGAUUGCUGAGAAACGCAUGCUACUGCUCAACGAUAACGGCCAGAUCGACUACUACCUCUCUAGUGGCGGGGGUCCGCUUAGCAUCCAGUACCUGAACAUGCUCAGUGCGCACAGCAGUUAUUGGACUUUGACAGAUUUUGUGCGGUUCCUGGUUGUGGAGAUUGCUCGCAAGCAGGGGCGGGAUGGAACUCUACUUCCUUUUAGAGCGGAGAAGAAGAAAGAGUGGAAGUACUCCAAAGGUUGA